UAACAAAUUUUUUCAUUCCAUGUAUUUCAUUUUUACAAGUGGAGCUGCUGAUCAAUCGAAUAGUUAUAAAUGUUGUCUGCUAGAAUGCGCUUCGUGCAAUAUUUGCGUAAGGGCGAUCUCGCCAAACGUCUCGGUCUUUUGACCGACGAUCAUAAGUCUUUGCUUGAGCUCGGCGGCAUCGAAGGUGUGCCCUAUGACCUGAAGACUUUGAUUGCGCAGAACCCGAAUCUGGAAGAGAUUGCCAAAAAGGCUGAGAAACAGCCGAAGCUUCUUUUGAAUGAUGACGUCACCUUGUUGCCUCCACUGAGUGAUCCGGGUAAAAUAAUUUGCAUCGGCCUCAACUAUCAGGACCACUGUGACGAACAGAACAAGCCCGCCCCCAAACAACCCAUGUUCUUUAGCAAGUACAACAACACAUUGGUGGGCCCAUUAGAUGAUGUGGUAGCGCACGCAAUAUCAAACAAAAUUGACUGGGAAGUGGAACUGGUGGUCGUCAUUGGCAAGGUCGCCCGUCAAGUGCCCAAGGAAAAGGCGUUUGAUUAUGUGUUUGGCUAUAGCAUUGCUCAAGACAUCUCCGCUCGAGACUGGCAAAAGGAACGGAACGGUGGUCAGUUCCUAUUGGGCAAAUCUAUGGACACUUUCUGUCCCCUUGGCCCCGCUGUGGUGCACAAAAGUGAAAUAAAGGAUGUUUACGAUUUGCCAUUGAAAACAUGGAUUAAUGGCGUAGAGAAGCAAAAUGGUAACACACGUGAUAUGAUACACAAAAUAGAUGAUGUCAUCAACAGACUAACCCAGUCGAUUACAUUGCUCCCGGGCGACAUCAUUUUGACCGGCACACCAAAAGGUGUGGGCAUGUACCGCGACCCCCCCGAAUAUCUUAAAGUGGGAGAUGUCAUCAAGACAGAAAUUGUUGGCCUGGGCACGAUGACCAACCAAGUUGUUGCCCCAUGCAAGCCAAAUUAAAUAUUGUUAUUCAAUGUUAUGUAAAUCAAACAACUGUUAAAAAACAUGUUAUUUAAUCAUGUAGCC